AUGGAGCUAUUAAGGCAGAAGAAUAAAAAGACGGUAGGGCCACUCACACCAGCAGAAAAACAGAAAAACUACCGAUUGCGACACUCUGAAAAAAUCAAAGAAAAAGACAGAGGAAGACAAAAAGGCCAAAGAUCCCAUCUGAAAGAGGAUGAGAAAUUAUGGAACGAUUACAGAAAAAAGGAAAACGAAAGAAUGAGAUUGAGGAGAGCUUUACUAAAAGAAAAGUCUCAGAACAACAUUGAUCUGUCCAAGAAUGAAAAUACGUAUAAAUGUCCUCAAAGUCUUGGCAAAGCUGUCAGGAAAGUCCAGAAUGCACUCCCAACUUCACCAAGAAAGCGGCAAAAAGUUUUACAAACAGUUUUAAAUAAUGCAAAUUCUACUUCUACCUCCACUGAACUUCAACGCAGCAGACAAUCCCUACCCAUUACCACAGAGGAGGCAGUUAUAAACUUCUAUUCAUCAAAUGAUGCCUCAUGGCAGGCACCUGGCAUGAAAGAUCAUGUUAUAGAAAGGCUUGAAGAUGGUACUAAAAACUAUCUGCAGAAAAGAUUCAUGUUAUUUUCAUUGAAAGAAGCGCAUCAAUUAUUUCUUGAAGCUAAUCCAGAAAAGUUGAUAAGUUUGUCAAAAUUUUGUUCUUUAAGACCAUUGAAUGUUGUUACUUUUUCUAAUGUACCACACAAUGUUUGCGUAUGCACUGAACAUGAAAAUAUUCCAUUACUUCUUGUUGUGCUGAAUAAUGUAGACAAAAAUAUUCCAACUGAAUUUAGAACAUUUAUUAAUACCAUUGUCUGUGAUCCACAAAAUUUCAAUUGCAUGCAACAGGAAUGUGCAACUUGUCAUAAUCGUAUUAAUUUGUUGAAACCCACAAGUAAUGAAUGUUUAACUUAUUUUCGGUGGUCAAAAAAUGAUUUGAAGAAAGUAGACAAAUUAAAAUUUACAGCCACUGUUCAUGAAAUCUUUCAAAUUUUAGCAUCUAAACUCAGAUCUUUUUUAAUCCACACAUUUAUUAAAAGAACUCAAUCUAAGAAAUUUGAUAAUUUAAAAUGUAAUGUGGAUGUUAAGUCAAUUCUUAUUCCAGUUGAUUUUUCUGAAAAUUUUUCCAUCAAGGAUCAAAAUGAAAUACAGUCUGCGCAUUGGGUAAAUAAUCAAUGUACUUUAUUCACUGUUUUUAUGUGGAUUAAUGGAACAAUUACCAAGAGUAUGGUCAUAAUAUCAGAUUAUUUAGAACAUGAGAAGUAUGCUGUAUAUACUUUUAUGACACACAUUUUUAAAUAUUUAAAAAGUAACUUUCCUGAUGUCUUACAUGUCAAUAUAUUUUCAGAUGGUCCAUCAUCUCAAUUUAAACAAAAGUAUUUGUUUUCAAACUUAGAGGUUUGGUCUGAAAAAUAUUCAUUUAAUAUAUUUUGGCACUUUCUCGCUACCUCCCAUGGGAAGGGUGUCGUCGAUGGGAUUGGGGGUAGUGUCAAACGCUCUGUCUGGCGACGAGUUCUUUGUGGGGAGGUCUCUAAGUCUGCUGAAGAUGUUGCUGAUUUGGCCAAAAAAGUUAAUCCCAAUGUUAUUAUUUCAUACAUAACCAAAGACACCAUAGAACAGACCAAAACUACUCUCGAUGAAAGAUGGAGAUUAAUAAGCACUAUACCAGGUACACAUAAUAUUCAUUUCAUAACAUCGGGUAAGAAUGGCAUUGUGAAAUAUUCCAAUACAUCUGCUACACUGAACCUCCAGGAAACCCAAAUUCAUCAUUCUGAUUCUAAUGACAAAAAUAUUACAGAUAAUUCAGAUAAGGAAAUUAAUAUGCAUGAUUGGGUUGUUGUCUUAUAUGAAGAAGAAUAUUUCCCAGGUGAAAUCACAAACAUUAUCGGUGAUGAUAUUGAAGUUGAUGCCAUGGAACAGUGUGGUGAUGUUUGGAAUUGGCCGAAAAUAUCUGAGAUAUAUUACGACAGGGAAAAAGUUAUUCGCAAGAUAAGUCCACCUACGAUCGAAAUGAAGGGAUCAAGAAUAUUUUAUUCAUUUCAUGAUAUUCAAGAACUUUAA